CCGCCCGGUUCCCUUCCCUCCGCGCCGCUGCCCUGCCCGGGCCAGGCGGGAAGAUGGACCCCGGCUCCUCGCUGGGCUUCAGCCUGAAGGACGUGAAGUGGAGCGCGGUGGCCGUCCCUCUGGACCUGCUCGUCAGCACCUACCGCCUCCCGCAGAUCGCCCGGCUGGACAGCGGAGAAACUGUAGAAGGCCUUCGAGAGAGUGAUUACCUCCUGAUUCAUUCGUGUCGGCAGUGGACAACAAUUACAGCUCACAGUCUGGAGGAGGGCCACUACGUCAUAGGGCCAAAGAUAGAAAUCCCUGUACAUUAUGCAGGGCAGUUUAAGCUGCUGGAACAAGACCGAGAUAUUAAGGAGCCAGUGCAGUAUUUUAACAGUGUGGAGGAGGUGGCUAAAGCAUUUCCUGAACGAGUUUACGUCAUGGAGGAAAUAACAUUCAACGUUAAGGUAGCUUCAGGUGAAUGCAAUGAAGACACUGAGGUUUACAACAUUACCCUUAGUACUGGGGAUGAACUCACUUUAAUGGGACAAGCAGAAAUCCUUUAUGCAAAAUCUUCUAAGGAGAAGUCACGACUCAACACCAUCUUCAAAAAAAUUGGUAAACUUAAUUCAAUUAGCAAACUUGGCAGAGGCAAAAUGCCCUGCCUCAUCUGCAUGAACCACAGGACCAAUGAAAGCAUCAGUCUCCCAUUCCAGUGUAAGGGCAAGUUUAGCACCCGCAGCCCAUUGGAGGUGCAGAUGCAAGAAGGUGAGCACACAAUUCGUAAUAUAGUAGAAAAAACCCGGCUGCCUGUUAAUGUGACUGUGCCAAGCCCUACGCCGAGAAACCCCUACGACCUGCAUUUUAUCCGCGAAGGGCACAGAUACAAGUUUGUCAACAUUCAGACCAAAACUGUGGUGGUUUGUUGCGUGCUUCGUGGCAACAAAAUUAUUCCCAUGCAUUUUCCCUUGCACUUGACACUUCCAAAAUUUACUCUACCUGACAGUCUUGUGAAGGGGGAGCUGUGGCACGAAUCCCUCAUCCAGCAUUGGUUUAAUAUAUGCCAGGAACAGUUUGACAUAGAUGAGUAUUCCCGGGCCGUGCGCGAUGUGAAAACAGACUGGAACGAAGACUGCAAGAGCCCAAAGAAGAGCCGGUGCAGCGGGCACACUCACGUGCCCAACUCCCUCAGCUAUGCACGGGACGAACUCACGCAGUCCUUCCACCGGCUGUCGGUGUGUGUUUAUGGCAACAAUUUGCAUGGCAAUAGCGAAGUGAACCUCCACGGCUGCAGGGACCUGUGUAACGAGUGGGCACUGUUUUCUCACGAUGCGCUUCAGUACCAGGAUUCUGGUGACAGUAGCAGUGAUUACCUUUUUCCAGAGGUUGGUGAAGAGUCCAUGUUUCUGCCUACGAAACCAGAACUUCCUUACGAAGAGCUGUGGUUGGACCAAGGGUCUGGAAAGCCUGGUGAGCAGCCUCUCACUCGCUCGCUAAGUGAGAAGAACAAAUGUGACAAUUACAGAGGAUCCUUCCGAUCAAAGUGUGGUAGUACGUCUCUUCCUGUGCCUGGGACAGUCGAUGCAGCAACAAAGUCUGCGGAUGUUUCCCUACCUCCACCUCCAGUGCCUCCCAAAUCAGAAGCAGUAAAAGAGGAAUGCAGGCUCCUGAACGCUCCCCCUGUCCCACCACGGAGUUCAAAACCAUCUUCCACUAGUCCUUCCAUCCCUCCUCGCACAGUCAAACCUGCACGACAGCAGACGCGCUCUCCUAGCCCUACUCUGUCCUACUAUUCUUCAGGACUGCACAACAUCAGCGUCACAGAGAGUGACAGCACGAACCCAGCUGAGAGCAGCACACCUGUUUCAUGCUACCCUUGCACCAUGAUGAAAACUGAAUCCAAAGAGCCUGAGAACACAAUGCCUUUUGGAAGCCCCUCAAUUGAAGCUCUGCCUUCCAGAUUAUCUUGGCCGAACCAUUUUUCAGGAGCUAUGGAAGGCCAGAAUAGGAGUGAUUUCCUGCUCGAUCCAAGCAGGAGCUACAGUUACCCCAGACAGAAGACUCCAGGCACGCCAAAGAGGAACUGCCCAGCACCUUUGACUUUUGACUUCGAUGGGUGUGAGCUCUCUGCGGGGUACUCCCAGCUGUCCCCAGCAGAGUUCAACAUCUCCAGCUGCCCGAAGUCAGCAAGUUACUCUCUAGGCAGCACUGAUGAGAAAACUCUGGGAGACAGCAAUGCAAAGCAGAGUCAUUCAUGUCCUGCCUUACCUCCUCGGGCACCAAAGUCAAGCGAAGAGAAACAAGUUACAGACAUGUGUACUUUGCCACUAAAAAUAGAUGGUGCCGAGGAAGAAUCAAAAACGGAUUCUCCAGACCUCCUGGAAGAUCAAUAUCUGGUUAAAAAGGGCAUGCAAGAUACAUUCUCUGUGUCUUAUCCCUUCUCAUCUCCCCUCCACCUUCAGUUAGCGCCAAGGUCUUGUGGGGAUGGCUCUCCCUGGCAGCCACCCACAGACCUUUCUGGACUCUCAAUAGAGGAAGUGUCUAAAUCGCUGAGGUUUAUUGGUCUGUCUGAAGAUGUCAUCUCAUUUUUUGUUACAGAGAAGAUUGAUGGCAAUUUACUGGUUCAGCUAACGGAAGAAAUCCUGUCAGAAGACUUUAAGCUAAGCAAAUUGCAGGUUAAGAAAAUACUACAGUUCAUUAAUGGCUGGCGGCCCAAGAUGUGAUGCUGACUAGUUUUCAGUGGAACUGUAUGAGGUGUGCUAGAGGCACUUCAGCUAAUACAUCACUUCCUGUUUUUUGCACUAAGAGCCCUUCCUGUAAAUAGUAAUAGAAAAAUUCUUAACUAUGCAGAUAGAAGUUUUUGAGUGGUGAACGGUGGGGUUUUUUUUUGUAUGUCAAUAAUAAUGGUAGAGAAUCUGCAGAGGUGUGCCUUGUGCAUCCCUGAAUGUUCAACAGCUGCUAAAAACUGGACACUAAGGGAACUUUCACUCUGUACUCUAUUAAGACUUAGUCAUAUUUAUUACUGAACAAUUUGAUGCUGAAAGACACACACACACACCAAUCCAGUUUACAGUUUUGAGUUAACUGCAAAAAAAUGUAUUUCUUAUGGGAGUAUUUCUUCAAAUAAUAUUUGACAACAUGCUGUGAUUUUUUUUUUCCUUUUCUGCUAACAGUAAGCGUGGUCAGAGAUAGAAAAACGUGGUUUUGACACUACAUCUGAAAAUGUUAAGAAUUGCUGUGAAGUGCCACUAAUACACUACUCUUGCAGCUUGUUUUUAUUAACAGUGUCUUCAUGACUACCUAUAAUUGUGGGUAUGUUUUCCACCUCACUUUCAGAGAAAAGAGCUUGCUUAGCUUAGUGCCCAAAGGGAAGGAAGAAGGGGGAUUUUCCUACUGAGCCGCUCUGACCUGGCCAACUAAAAGUUUAUGACCUGUAGAUUUCAAAAGUUGCUUUUGUAGUCAGAUAGCUGCAGUCAGUGGCACAAGUUUGGGUCAUGCAGCUUUCCUAUGUGAAAUGCAGCUCCCUACACAAACCCUGUCCUCAGUGGCUCCAGCCCCUCACAGCCACAAGGACAGUCUGAGCAGCCUGGUAGCUCAGCCCUUCCAUUUACCUUGCUCUGCCCUGAGGGAAACCCAUUACGUUUCCUCUGUUGUUGUUACCAUCAUCUGAAAAUGUGCUGUGCUAUUCUUGGAGUCAGAUCUGUGUGGGAAGGUGAUAGUACAGCAGGAUGCCUUUGAAAUAAAACAUUGGUGAGGUGCAAAGAACCAGGAGCAGUGCCUGCCACGCAGAUAAGAAGGGGCCCAGUGAGAGUUUGGGCCAUGCCUCAGGAAAUGCUUGCAGUGCUUAAGUUCAGCUGUUUCACUUGCAGUGGGCUAGGAAAAUGUGAAUGUCGAAGUGGAAGGGACAGUAGCUUCAUUGAGAUGUGCAAACUCAACUGCCUGGUUACAAAAACUUGCGGCAAUAGAUGCCAGGCAAAAGUAGCAGCCAAAAGUGAGCUCAGAGAUGGGAAGGAGGCAUAAGGCUGCCCCUGGCCACCUUUUGAAUUGAAGUGUGGGAAGUCAGAAGUAGGAUUCAUUAUUGGUAGUCCAUUGCUGAGUUCUUGUCAUUGGCAGAGCUCUAAAAAAUGUCUAAAUAACUCCAAGGUCCCGAGGUCCCCCUGCCUUCAUAGUCAUGAAGGAAGGAUUUGUCCUCAGGAAAGCCUGUAGAGCCCAUCCUCAAUGCUGCGUGUCCAGUACCUUCUGGCAGUCAGAGCCAGAGAAUCUGGAGCAGCUUCACCAGCCACAGAGCAGAGCGCUGCAUGGAGUGACCAUCACAGAAUCACACAAUGGCCAGAGUUGGAAGGGACCUCAAG